CCAGUGAAAGAAUGCAGCGAAUGCACGCGUUCUGAUACAGAUGGGGUUUAAACUCCCAGAGCGAGUGCCUGUACCGGGCAGGGCAGUCUGGCCCGCUAGAGGUUCCCGUACAGUUGAAUAGCGUUAGUGCGGGUCUGCAGCCCGGGGCUAUCUGUAACCGGGACUUUGAUGAACUGCCGGCCCUUUCAACAUCAUCAUUGUUCCUGGUUAGACUCGGCCUGGCGAUCGGGGCGGCGCCUUGGUCGUCACAAGCCGAGCGGGCCAGCUGAUUGGAGCGGUCGCGGUGACAGGAAGGGGGCGAGAGGUUUAAAGCGAGCGGCUGGGCUGCGAGUUGGGAAAGUUGGGCGGCGAAGGUGGCGUCUUGGAGACCGUGUGUUGGAUGAGCCAUGUCCCGGGGUACGGACUAAGUGGCGGAGGCGCGGCGCGGUUCCCGGGUGCAUGGCCCCUUGUUCUCGGAUGAUGAAUACUCUGGCGGGCUCCCUGCCCGGGGACACCAAGGAGAGGGAGACGGGCUGGGAAGCGCCAGGGAACGGGCCGGCGGACACCAAGGGGUGGCGGGCAGCCAGCCUCCCGUUCAGCGUCGAGUCGUUGAUCUCUGAUCGGAAGCCCAGCCGGACAGCUGACCCUCCCUGCGACCCCCCCGCGCAGCCCACCCUCACCACUGAACAACCCUGCUCCCGGACUGAACACCCGAACAAACGGCACUCGGAACCCGGAGCCGACGACCCGGCACCGCGCCGAGCGGACAGUCCCACCGACAAGGAAGAGCUGGCCUGGGCCUCGGACGCUGCCUACUCGCCCUCGCCGAGAGCGGCCAGUCCGGCCCCAUGCGCGCUGCGCAAACACAAAAACAACAGGAAGCCGAGGACACCCUUCACCACGUCGCAGCUGUUGUCGUUGGAGCGCAAGUUCCGCCACAAACAAUACCUGUCGAUCGCCGAGAGAGCCGAGUUCUCCAGCUCGCUCAACCUCACCGAGACUCAGGUGAAGAUUUGGUUCCAGAACCGGCGGGCCAAGGCCAAGCGGCUUCAAGAGGCCGAGCUGGAGAAACUCAAACUGUCCGCCAAGCCGCUCCUGCCUUCCUUCGGCCUCCCCUUUCACCUGGGGCCGCAUCUCACCGGCCCCUCGCUCUACGGACCGACCACCCACUUCCAGCGGCCGGCGCUGCCAAUCCCCGGACUCUUCACUGCCCCCGUCACGUACGGCAUGUAUUAUUUAUCUUAGAGCCCUUGGACACCGCGGGGGCCCCGGACAACGGCCCGCCCGCCCGUGGAGAGCGGAGACACGGCCUGUCCGCCUCGCCUCGCCUGUCGACAAUAGGUUCAGAGCGGACCCUCGCCUCGCCUCUCGCCGAGACAGUCACCUCAAAAAAGCUCAAUUCAGCACAAAAACACGUCCACCGUGAGACGCGCGGACCGACGCCGCCGUGUCUCCAGCUCCACUUGUUCCACGGACAACAUUUUUCCCUUGGAGCUCCAGCGGUUCCCCAACGUGAAUGUGGGGGCGGCUUCACCGGCCGCCGCGCCGCAGACCGCGACCCCGAACCAGGCACAAAGUGGCGGAGAACUCCAGGGGAGGGAGUGGACAGACGAAGCUCCAGGUCCCGACCUUCCUCCAGUUUGUCCCCUCUCGGCACAGCGAUUAGCCCGGGCCCGGAUGGCCGGUAGCGGCGGCGGGGUGAAGCCCGAGCGGCGGAGAGGUGCCCGAGGUUCCCAAGCAUCCGCUUUCCAACAGAAUCUAUUGAGCGACAGACGGGCCGACCGCGGGCCAAUUGUUUACCAAUAUUAAAUAUAUAUUUUAAGUGCAUUUAAAUAUGUUAAGAAUUGUUUACAUUUUCUUAAAUAGUGUACAGGUUUCUUGUACAGAAGUCAGGAGGAUUCUACGUUUUGUACAUUGAUCUUCAAUAAACUUUCGUUUCUUUUUCUAA